AUGGAUGACAAUGAGGGGAUCCUCGCUGCACAGUUCAGAUCUGUUACCGGUUGCACGAAUGCGGUAGAGGCAUCUCAAUAUUUGGAAAUGUGUAAUGGUAAUUUGGAAAUGGCGAUAAAUUUAUAUUUUCAACAACUUCAACCAUCCUCAUCAACGGCAGUAAACGGUGAAGAGUCUCCGGAUGUAAUUUGCGUUAGCAAGGGUGUAGUACGACGUAAUACUGCUAUAUCACAUCGUACCAUGUGUGGAACUACAAAUCCACAAGUUGACCACUCAAAUGAUAUGUCAGGAAUAGGUAACAGCGAUGUACGAGAGCCAAUAGCACCUAUACGUGGAGCUAUUGUUGAGCAGACAUUUGCGCAGCAGUAUAGCCGACAAAAUGGACGGCAUGGUGCUUCAGUAUUUGAUACAGCUCGUGAUUUUCGCGCUGAAUCUGGAGAACGAAUGGCUAUGCUGCAAAAUAGGAAUAAUACGUUAGAUCCGACGGUUGCCAAGCGUGUAACUCUUCAAAAUCUUUUUCGUCCUCCCACAGAUAUUAUGUUCAAUGGUGAUUGGGAUGCUGUCCGCGCUGAAGCUCAGUCGCGUGGACAUUGGCUACUUGUUAAUGUACAAGAUGAUCUGGAAUUCGCUUGUCAAACACUUAAUCGCGAUGUGUGGUCCAAUUCAUCUGUAAAAGAACUUCUCCGAUCAAAUUUCGUCUUUUGGCAAGUGCACAAAGAUUCAGCCGAUGGGAACAGAGUGAGCAAUUAUUAUCGGAUGCAUACAUAUCCAGCUGUUUUCAUAGUUGAUCCACGUACAGGAGAACAAUUAGUCACAAUCGGAGCCAAAGAUACAAUGUCUUUCUGUGAUCAAAUUACAACAUUUUUGGACGCUUGUCCAGAUUUCGAAGCAAGAGACAAGCAAUUAACAAUUACGCCCACAUCGAGCAAUUUCGGGCGGUUAAUAUCGAGAGAGGAUUGUGGACAUAAUCAAUAUAUGGAUAACUCAUCAGUCACAAAUCGAAAGCGUGUACACUUUUCACAGCAAGACGAAGUUAUGGAUGAUGAUUGUUGUAAUUCAAAAAAGCCUCGUGAAAGCAAUGAUUGGUCAGAUAUUGACGGCAUUAUAGAUAGUGGUAGCAAAUUAACAACAAUUGAUCGAGAUGAAUGGAUGAAAUGUGUCGGUGAGCCAGAUGGUCGUGGUUCUCGUCUUUUACUCUCUUUACGCCUACCAGACGGUAAUCGUCAGAUGGUGGAAGUAGAGGACACAACUACUCUCAAGGCUAUAUUUGUGCUUAUUGCUGGUCUUGGGUUUUAUCCAACAGAUCAUCAGCUUGUCCUCGAUUAUCCGAAACGAAUAUACACCGAUCAGGAUCACUAUCGUACACUUCGGGAGCUCAAUUUUAGCAAAAGGGAACUUAUUCAUGUGGAAAGGCAAUGA